AUGUAUGAUUCCGACGAUGAGAGCGGUGGGGGCGUGAUGAUUGUCUUCUCCGCUGAUCCAGAGAAGCAGGCCGACGUUCUCGGAGCGAUCGAAUACCUCACGAGCGCUCUCCGGGCUCAUCAACUCCUUGUCACGCUGCACAAGAGGGGUGAAGCUGCUUCGGUGGAGCACAGCUUCUUGGUGGUGAAUGCGACCAGGCGGGUGAUGGAGGUGGAGGCAGAGCACAUCAAGCUGAUGAAGCCGGACUUCACCGGGAGUCUGAUGGAGUUCCACAGGGAAGGUGCGGCGGAUGUGUUCAAGGGCUAUGAUGACCUCGCUUUCUUCACGGCUUCGGAGGAGGCUCUGCUGGUUCGGUCGAUGGUGGAUUCCACCCAAGGCGGCGAAAACCCUCCCAAGGGAGUGCCAACGGGGUCGCACUCCUACGGCGCUGUCUACGCGCUACGGCUGGCCGGGUUGGUGACGGAGGCAAUGCAGGCUCACCGAGCUUGCACCUCGAGGACGAGGGUGUGGGAGAACUGCCUCUACGGCGUCGGCGCGGACGUGAAGGGGGUCAACAACUACUUCGGGCCCGAGACGGCGUUCUACUUCGCGUGGAUAAACUUCUACUUCCGGUGGCUGCUCGUGCCCGGCAUCGCUGGCCUCCUGGUAACCGUCCACAAGGCGAUUGUUGGGAGGGAGACGGACAACUAUCGGUGGACCCCGCUGUACGCGCUGAUCGUCAUGCUGUGGGCGGCCUCCUUCCAGAAGUACUGGAAGAGGACGUGUGCUGAAUGGUCUUGGAAGUUCGGGACGGCUCUGGUGAGCGAGGAGGAAAUUCUGAGGGCAGAGUUCGUGGGGGAAGAGAGGAUUUCUCCCGUUACGGGGGAGAAGGAGAGGUACUACCCCACGCACAAGCGGCUGAUGCGAUAUUGCGAGAGCGUCGUUGUGACCACGGCCAUGCUGCUCGUGGCGCUCGUCUUCAUGAUCUGCUCGCUCAACUUGCAGGGCUACAUGGUGUUGCCCGAGGGCGAUUCCGUUACAGCGAUCGAGUCUUGGUUCUACGUGCCGUGGCUGUCCAAGUUCGCCGAGGAGGGAGGGGCGUUUGACGCCAACGGGUACUAUCGCGGAUACAUUCCUGCGAGCUUGGGGGCGACCGUUAUUCACGUCCUUUGCAUCCAGAACUGGAACAAGGUGUACCGCACGGUGGCAACACACCUUACCGAUAGGGAAAACCACCCCACUGAGGAGGACUACCAGAACAACCUCAUGAUCAAGCGCUUUUUGUUCGAGGCGUUCGACUGCUACGUCUCCCUCUUCUACCUCGCUUUCGUGCAGUUCGACAUGCUCAAGCUUCGAAACGAGCUCAUCUCUCUGUUUACGGUUGACACCAUCAGGCGCGUCGCCACCGAGUGCAUCGUGCCCAUGAUCACCCAGACGUUCAGCUGGGAUAAGUCCGUCCUGAAGGAGAAUGCAGAGCGCCGGCUGAAGGUUUUUGCAUCAAAAACAGACACUGGGGCAUCUGAGGCUGAACAAAUGAAGGAAGAGGAGUACGAUUCCUUCGACGACUACCUUGAGAUGGUAAUUCAGUACGGGUACAUGACGCUCUUUGCAUCCGCGUUCCCCUUCGCGUCCACUCUCAGCCUGUUGACGACCUUCGUGGAGAUCAAGUCAGACACGUUCAAGCUCUUGUUCCUCUACAAGCGCCCGGUGCCGAGGCGAAUGGCCGGCAUCGGCAACUGGCAAAAGGUCAUGGACGCCACGACAGUUAUCGCCGUUACGACGAACUGCAUGCUGUUCGCGCUGUCCUCCGAGCAGCUGAUGCAGUGGAUCCCGAACUGGUACCUCGACCACGAUGGACCCCACGGCCCAAUGGACCAGGAGUUCCAGGUUGGCAUGGGGCGUUACGUGGUUGGACUCUGCUUCGGUGUUGAGCACGUUCUGUUGGCCGUGGUAGCGAUUCUGUGGAUGGCCAUUCCCGCGCAGCCCAAGUGGGUGCGGCAGAGGGUGGCGCGCGUGCACUUCCUGAGGGAGAAGGGGGCCCGGCUGGCCGUUCUCAAGAAGCACGACUAA